CAAUAGGCGGAACGUUCUUGAUUAUGGUAACGUCGACGUUUGUUUCCGGACACGUUUUCGUGUUGCACAAUAACAAGGAGAGUGAAGCUGGAAACUUUCGCCGCCCAAAAUGUGUUGGGGCUCGGUUGCAAAGUGGAGAACCCUCUAGUUGCUCCUGAGUCAUGAGUGGCUCCAAGCCGGACAUCCUGUGGUCCCCGCACCACCCGGACCGCUAUGUCAUCUGUGACUCAGAGCUGGGUCUGUACCGCAUCGGACCAGCGGGAAGCUCCGAACUCAAGGCUGGUACUCUCCCUCUGUCGGAUGAAACGGCUGCUACCUUGCUGGCCAUUAACUCUGACACCCCCUACAUGAAAUGCUUGGCCUGGUACCCCAAGCAGGAGCCUGAAUGCUUGCUCGCAGUGGGCCAAGCCAACGGCAGGGUGGUCCUCACCAGCCUGGGUCAGAGCCACAACUCUGCCUGCAAAGAGCUGGUGGGGAAAGAGUUCGUUCCCAAGCACGCCCGCCAGUGCAACACUCUUGCUUGGAACCCGGUGGACAGCAACCUCCUGGCAGCCGGCUUGGACAAACACAGGGCGGACUUCUCCGUCCUCAUCUGGGACAUAAGCAGCAAGUUCUCCUCAGAAGCCAGCGUAGUGGGCGAGAAGAUCCGUCUCUCCUCCGUGGAUUUGGACUUGAGCUCCGUCGUGACGAAGCCACUGUACGACCUGGGCCAAAACGACGCUUGUCUGUCGCUCUGCUGGCUCCUGCGUGACCCCAAGCUCUUGUUGGCUGGCAUGCAUCGCAACCUGGCCAUUUUUGACCUGAGGAACACCAGCCAGAAGACCUUUGUCAACACCAAAGCCGUCCAGGGGGCCACUGUCGACCCCCAUUUCCCAGACCGCGUGGCCUCCUUCUUUGAGGGCCAGGUGGCUAUUUGGGAUCUGAGGAAGUUUGAGAAGCCUGUGCUCACCCUGACCGAGCAGCCAAAGCCUCUGACCAAGGUGGCUUGGUGUCCAACUCGCACGGGCCUGCUGGCCACGCUGACCCGCGACAGCAACAUUAUCCGCCUGUACGACAUGCAGCACACCCCCACGCCUAUCGGGGACGAGACGGAGCCCACCAUCAUCGAGCGCAGCGUGCAGCCCUGCGAAAACCAGAUCGGCAGCUUCGCAUGGCACCCGUCCUCCCAGAACCGCAUGGUGGUGGUGUCUGCGGCAAACCGCGCCAUGACUGACUUCACGGUGUUCGAGCGCAUCUCUCUGGCGUGGAGCUCCACCACCUCGCUGAGAUGGGCGUGCGGCCGGCACCUGUACGACUGCGUUGAGGACGAAGCGGAGGGCUUAGAGAGCGUCUUAGAGAAGGACAUUGCCACCAAGAUGAGGCAGCGGGCUCAGUCCAGGUACGGACACGAUACCGUCCAAGUGUGGAGGAACCACCUGCUGGCUGGAGGCAAAGACCCGCAGCUCAAGUCCUUGUGGUUUGACCUCUUCUAUAUGAAGCAGUGUGCUGAGGAUGUGGAGUUGAAACUGCAGGGCAACAAGCAGGCCCUUGUCUAUUCCGGUAUCAAGAACAUUGUCAAGAACAGCACGGGCACCACGGAGAGCCGUAAAUGCUGGAGCGGCUCGGACUGCCAGUCCGACGUGACCCGGUACCACAGCGAGGAGCGCAGCGUCACCUUGCGACUCUGCGGCUGGAUCAGCCGGGGGCCCGACAUUGACGUGGAGCCCUUCCUGCGCUCGCUCGAGCAGGAGCGCGAGUGGGAGCGGGCCGCCGCCGUGGCUCUCUUCAACCUGGACAUCCGCCGAGCCAUCCAGAUCCUCAACAAGGGAGCCAUGGCUGAGAAGGGUGACUUGAACCUCAACGUGGUCGCCAUGGCGCUGUCCGGCUACACGGAUGAGAAGACGUCACUCUGGCGAGAGAUGUGCAGCUCCCUGAGGCUGCAGCUCAACAACCCCUACCUCUGUAUCAUGUUCGCCUUCCUCACCAGCGAGCAUGGAGCCUACGACGGCGUGCUGUAUGAGAGCAGCGUGGCGGUGCGUGACCGCGCUGCCUUCGCCUCCAUGUUCCUCAGCGAUGCUCAGCUUCCUCGCUAUGUUGACAAGCUGACCAGUGAGAUGAAGGAUGCGGGAAACCUGGAGGGUAUCCUGCUGACGGGGCUGACCAAGGACGGCGUGGACCUCAUGGAGAGUUACGUGGACCGAACGGGAGAUGUCCAGACUGCUAGCUUUUGCAUGCUCAAGAGUUCCCCAGGCGAGGUACUGAAGGACCCUAGAGUCCAGUGCUGGAUCGAGAACUACCGUAACCUUCUGGACGCGUGGAGGUUCUGGCACAAGCGGGCCGAGUUCGACAUCCAUCGAGGCAAACUGGACCCCAGCUCCAAACCCCUUGCGCAGGUGUUUGUGAGCUGCAACUUCUGCGGCAAGUCCAUCUCGUACAGCUGCUCGGCCAUGCCUCACCAGGGCCGCGGCUUCAGCCAGUACGGCGUCGGCGGCUCGCCCACCAAGUCAAAGGUCACCAGUUGCCCCGGCUGCAGGAAGCCGCUGCCACGCUGCGCUCUGUGCCUCAUGAACAUGGGGACACCUGUGUCCAACUGUCCAGGAACGGGGAAGUCGGACGAGAAGGUCGACUUGACAAGAGAGAACAAACUAGCUCAGUUUAACAACUGGUUCACCUGGUGUCAUAACUGUCGCCACGGCGGCCAUGCAGGUCACAUGCUCAGCUGGUUCAGAGACCACACAGAGUGCCCCGUGUCGGCGUGCACGUGCAAAUGCAUGCAGCUGGACACCACAGGGAACCUGGCACCCUCGGACAGCAGCUAAAUACGACAGAACCUCCAGGAAGCCUGAGACGACGGGCGGUGCCGCGACCUCCCCUCAAGUGGGCUGCCUUUUGUUACUGUCUAGUUCUUGUCACGCUACGACAAGAGUCCGGUAUCAAGAAGGGAAAGCGAGCGACUGAAUCGCUAGGAGAAAACCCAACAAAAUCCCUCUCAGGAGUUUUAACACAAGGCCGCGCUCUAGUCCGCGUCCGGCAGUCUAACCUCAAUCUGGCUUUUUGUUUUUUAUUGUCGUCCAUAAGCAAUAAUCGCCACUCAUACUUUUGAGUACCGUAUUCUUCGGAGUAUAAGUCGCACCUGCCGAAAAUGCACAAUAAAGAAAGAAAGAAAAAAAAAACAUAUAUAAGUCGCACUGGAGUAUAAGUCGCAUUUUUGAGGGAAAUUUAUUUGAUAAAACCCAACACCAAGAAUAGACAUUUGAAAGGCUAUUUAAAAGAAAUAAAGAAUAGUGAACAAUAGGCUGAAUAAGUGUAUGUUAUAUGACGCAUAACCAACUGAGAAGGUGCCUGGUAUGUUAACUUAACAUAUUAUGGAACAUGCUAUUCGUUUACCAAACAAUCUGUCACUCCUAAUCGCUAAAUCCGAUGAAAUCUUAUACGUCUAGUCUCUUACGUGAAUGAGCUAAAUAAUAAUAUUUAACAUUUUACGGUAGCUUGUUAAUAAUUUCACACAUAAGUAGCUCCUGAGUAUAAGUCGCACCCCCAACCAAACUAUGAAAAAAACUGCGACUUAUAGUCUGAAAAAUACGGUAUUUAAAAUGUGAUCAUAGGUGCCAAAUACAUCAGAGCUGCUCUUUUUUUUCUUAACAUCCUAUUUAAUGAACUGUUUUUUUUGUUGUUAUUUGAAAAGAUUGUCAUACCUCACAAAAACAUAGCUCGGGCUGAAGGACGGUACCCAGGGUGACAGGGAGGGAAUAGCGUACUUUUACAACUCCUGCCUGGCUCUCUUCGUGUUCCUUCUCUUUAUCUGGCAUUUUGAAGGGGUCGGGGUGGAAACGGAGGGGACAGGGAGGGCGCGCCUGCAUUAAGCGGCCCACUCCAGGCCUGUGGCCCAUGAAAAGAAGCUCCCCAGAAAACAGCAGCUGCUCGGCACUCUUGACAAGACCAUCCAAAUUGCCCCCCGCCCCCUUGCACCCAUACAGAAGCUCAGCUGCCGGAACACUAUUGACUCAAACAACGGGCGAGAGUACAGACAGAGGCUCCCUCCGACAUACACCACCCUGCCCUCUCUUUCUUUCAGUCCCCCCCCAACACUAUGCAUACCAAUCCUCGAGCCAAGGACGGGCACCGUCUGCUCGCGGGGAGGACUUAGCCGUAUUGUAAAUGUUUUUCCUUUCUUUCGCUGUCACCAACCCAAAAAGGCAUUGUCAGAGCUAAAUCACUUAGUCAUGGAGGAGGUGUUUGGGCCACGAGCUACUGUACGGCUCUUUCACGGCCCUGCGUGGCCUUUAGUCCACUGUUACGGAGUACGGGCUGACAAAUUGGCAAAUUGUGUAGUGCCCCCGAAAAAAAAAAAAGGGAAAUUCACCGUUUUGUUUUUGAUUCUCUAUGCCUUUUGAACAAAUUUAGACAAAUGGAAUUAUGACCCUCAUGGCAGGUUCUCCCCCCCCGCGUAUGCAGUCACACAUUAAAGCUCAACCAACAGUUGAGUUUUCCAUGAUUACAUAAGAAAUAAAACGCCUUAUAAAACAAAAUUGCCAGUUAAUUGUUGACUGAUGAGUCAAGGUCCACUAUUGCAUGAUUGUCUCCGCUGCUAUUUUUCAUUUGUUGUAUCACUUCAUCUUUCUCAAUAAAUAGUCCGUAAUCAUGAAUGCAAUCGGUUGAAUGAGGAAUUUGACAGGGUAGCUGAAGGCCAAAGAAAAAGAAAAUGGCCUCAAUGAAAGGGCAUGAAAACUCAAAACAAACCUCGACUAGAAGAAACAUGGUAGGCGCAGUUUUACAGUUGUAGAUGAAGAAUUUGGAUUUGAAGCCUACCGUAAUGACCUGGAAUAGCAAUGGCCUUUUUGACUUUGUGGCUAAAAAAUAUAUAUAAUAAUUGGAUAGUAAGACUAUGUGAAAGUUUGAUUCCUACCAUGACAAUCUCAUUAAAGUUUUGGAAUCAAUCAGAAAUAUCAAAUAGCUAAAUUGCUCUAAACAUGGAUGAGUGUGAUGAAAGUGUUUCGCAUUUUUUCCCAUCAUGCAUUGCAGGGGAUUUAAAUAGGUUAAAUUGUGAAUGAUGUGUUGUGAUUGCAUGUUUUUUUUUUUUUAUAUUUUCCACCAAGUUCAGUGAGCAGAUCGUGUUGUGAGUGACCAUGUGUGUUGAUUUUUUGUGUUAAGUUAUUUGCGCCACGAGUGGGAAAGGUUGUUAGGAUUGGGUCAUAUAAGUGGAUGCUGUGCUUAGGCCACCUCAAGAGUAAAAUCCAUUGUCAAUAAACUUAACUCAAAUUUGCAGCAAUUAAACUUUUAGAUAUCUUAAAUUUUUAGGUACUGUUUUGACUUUGCGGCCCAACUUUUCCACCACUUUAAUAUUAUCACUGAAUUAGUAAUCUUAUUCUGUAUUUUAAUAGUACUUACCGUUUAACAAGUUAACAUCUGUUGAUUAUAAGAUUUUAAUAUUUUUUUAAAAUGUUUUAAGUUUUGUGCUCUUUUGGUCAUAUAAAACUUUUUAAUAAUAGUAUUAGUAAUCAAUAACUAUAUCUAGAUUACUUACCAUUUAACAAGUUGCAAAGUUUUUAAUGUUUUUUUAAAUGUUUUUAUUUUAUUUUAUGCCCUUUUGGUCAUAUAAAACUUUUUUAUGGCAAAAACACACAAUAUGCAGUAUUUCAGCCCCCCAAAAGUAAUUGCUCCUUCAAUAUGAAUUGUAGUGUGACGAUUGCGCAGUCGGGCUCGGACACAGCGUGAAGGUAAGAAACAAAAGAUUUAUUGACAAAUAAAACAGACUUUGUCAGAACAGAACUAGCAUGGGAGCUAGAAAAAAACAAAAGCGCUAGCAUGGGAGCUAGAGAAAUAACAAAUACUUAGCGUGGAAACUAGCUGGUGGCGAACAGAAAUACGGGAUCGGAAUCAGAGUCGUCACUGUUGUGAAACACAAACUAGGAAGCAAGGCUGAAUCAACGGAAAAGGCAGGCUUAAAUAAGGACAGCAAUCAGAAAACAGGUGCGCGUCAAAAGCAAGGGGCAGGUGGCACUAAUGCGUAACUAUGGUAACAGACCAAACAAGGAAGUACAACCAGGAACCGAAAGAGUCCAAAACAAACAGAAAACCAAAAAAGACUCAAAAACCUAAAUCAAAAUAUGAUACGGGCAGCGGAUCACAACAUAUAGACCUAUAAUUCAUAAAGGGAUUAGUUUUUAUGAAUUAUUAAUUAUUUUUUUUAUCAAUGACCGUUUCAAAGAAAAAAACAUCUUUAUGUUAUUAGAGCAGUGAUUCUCAAACUGUAGGAGGCGGGCUCUAUCUAGUGGUACACCAAAUAAUCACUUGAUUAAAGUACAGUGUUUUAUUUUUCUAUAUUCAAACACAGUGUUACUGUUCAAACUGUGUGUAAUGUUACAGUUGGCCAUAUAUUUUAAAUAUACUCGUUAAAUAAAACAUCUGCCUUGUUUUUAAUGAA